AUGGCUCAGCAGCAGUACCUCACCGACGAAGAGAUCAAGAAAUUCAUUGACGACCUAGACCACGACAGCAAUGGAACUAUCGACUACUGGGAGUUGGAGCGCAUGCUCGACAAGGUACACAAGGAGAUAGCACCGAAAGCUCAACCACAUCACCUUCAUCAUGCAUCAAGAGAUGACGAAGAUCGACACGAAUUUCUGCGAAGUGUCAUUGGCACACGAGAAGAUCGCAUCAAACGCGAUCAAUUCGCCGAAUGCGUGAAGAAGUGGGAAAUUCCAUCGCUAGAACAGGAUCGAAAGGAAGCAAAAGAGGAGGAUGAUUACCUCAAGCAGAUGUCAAUCUACCGACGAGCACGCGCGUACUGGGCUGUCAAAGGGCCCGAGAUUGCAUUUAUGGCACUGGUUGGGUCUUUCAUGACCGCCUUUGGAGUCUGGCAAUUCGUCAAAUACCUUACAUCACCACAGUACACACCAGCGUUCGGAUGGGGCGCAGUUCUGGCGAAAACAUGCGCGGGAGUACUCUACCCGACAUUCUUUUUCCUGAUUCUCUCCAUGUCCCGAUGGCUUGCGACGUUCCUCAGGAGAUUCUACUUCAUCUCACGCUUCGUCAACUGGGAUCUUUCGCAGUCCUUUCACAUCAAGAUGUCGAUUGCCGCUCUUUUCUUUGCUACCCUGCACGCUAUCGGCCAUCUGAGUGGCUCUUUCGUCUUUGGCAGCAUGGCUAGCAGGCAGAAUGCCGUCGCCAAUGUGAUCGGACAGGACAUGGUCCCAAGGCGAUAUGUCGACUACGUGCGGUCGCUGCCAGGCUGGAGCGGUCUGACUGCUCUCAGCUGUUUCUACUUGCUCACCGCCAUGAGCAUGCCUCAGGUUCGAAAGUGGAGCUACGAGGUCUUUCAACUUGGCCAUCUUCUCAUGUUCCCUAUCAUUGGUCUAAUGAUGGCGCACGGUACCGCUGGACUUCUUCAAUGGCCAAUGUUCGGAUACUGGCUCGCCUUUCCUACGCUACUUGUCAUCUUCGAACGCAGUUGGCGCACCAUCUCAGGGUUCCGUCCAAUCGAAGCUGAUCUUGAACUUCUCGACAAGGAGACUGUUGUAAUUACAGCUGAAGUUCCCAAGACACUAUCGACAUGUAUCAACAAUCGCAUGCAAGUCCACAUCAAGGCCGAUGGCGACUGGACUAACCAGCUGCGCGACUUGGCACAGAAGGAGAAGAAAUCGAAGAUCAAGAUUGGCCUUGAUGGACCCUUUGGCGCACCAGCACAGCGAUUCUAUGACUUUGAAUACAGCAUGGUCUUUGGUGCCGGCAUUGGUGUAACGCCGUUCUCUGGUGUCCUAACCGACCUACAAUACCAUGAACUCGAACGCAGCAGAACUGCCGACCAAUCACCUGAGUCCUCCGAUAGCACAUCAGUCAAGACUUCCCCGUAUGAAGAUCACCGACGUGUCGACUUCCAUUGGAUGGUCCGCGACAGGAACAAUCUUAUGUGGUUUUCCGAUCUCCUCAACGAAGUGUCCCGCGCCCAGGAUCUGGACAGUUCACACCUUGAUAUCCGCGUUCAAACAUACGUAACGCAAAAACGGAAGAACAUCUCCCAACAUGUCUUUCGAUGGCUACUGGAGAAACAUCGCACAGAUGACCACCCCUACUCGCCUAUCACUGGUCUCGUUAAUCCCACGCACUUUGGUCGACCGGAUAUCCGAGGUAUCAUGGAGCAACACUACAGCGAUAUGUGCAAAGUGCUUGCGGAGAAGACAUCAUCGACCAACGAGAAGCCCAAUGGAGGACGGCGGAUGAGCAAGAUUCGAAGAACGAGUAUGGUCGAUGAUGAAGUCAAGAUUGGGGUGUUCUUCUGCGGACCGCCGGUUAUCGGUCAGCAGUUGGCGGAUCAGUGUAGUCAGAUGACUGCAAAGGCGAGGAAUGAGGGGAGGAAGAUUGAGUAUAGGUUUAUGAUUGAGGUGUUUGGUUAAUGUGCGAUGAUAGUCUAGUUUCAAUUCAAGCGAUGUGCGAGGAAUGCA